CAUGGUGGGGAUGUGGCCACGGGCUGUGACCACCCUCUCUGUGCUCCUAUUGCAGAGCCAGGCGAGUGCUAGGGAGGCACCCUGGGGGUCCUGGCUGGCAGCUCACACCGACAGUGUGACCCCCUCCGCUGGCUCUGCCCCUGCUUGCAGCGGCGCUGGGUGUUGGUGCUCCUGCCAGGCUGGGGGGUGGGCAGGUGGAAAGAUCAUGCCAGGGGCUGCCGCCGCCCUGAGCUCCGUGGCCAUUUAAUCCUUCACCCAUUAACUUGGACUAAUAAACCUUGUGGGAGCAAGAGGCUAAAAGCCGCACCCGUGCCAGUGUUGCCUCCACCAGCUCUGCUCCCACUGCCCACCAUGGCAGCCGGCUUCUUCAUCAGCAAGAGUGUGGGCAUUGUGGCCAUCGUGCUGGGCCUGGGGGCCGUGGCCACCAUCAUCGCGCUCUCGGUGGUGUAUGCCCAGGAGAAGAACAAGGGGACGUCGCAUCCAGACACCACCAGCACAGCUGGCCCUGGCACCACCACCACCACCGCUGCCCCCAACAACCCCUGGAACCGGUGGAGGCUGCCAACCACGCUGCAGCCGGAGAUCUACGAGGUGUCCCUGCAGCCCUUCCUGACGCCCGAUGCCAACAACAUGUACAUCUUCAAGGGCAACAGCAGUGUGGUCUUUGUCUGUGUGGAAGCCACCAACCUCAUCCUCAUCCACAGCAACAAGCUGAACUACACCAUGCAGGGCUCCUUCCAUGCCACGCUGCAGGCGGAGGGCGGUGGCACAGCCCCAUCCAUCUCCCGCACCUGGUUGGAGACCCUCACCCAGUACCUGGUGGUGGAGCUCACUGCUCCCCUGCAGCAGGGCCAGAGGUACCGGCUGUCCAGCAGCUUCACUGGGGAGCUGGCCGACGACCUGGCUGGCUUCUACCGCAGCGAGUACACUGACGAGUCGGGCACCAAGCACGUGGUGGCCACCACACAGAUGGAGGCGACCGACGCGCGCAAAGCCUUCCCCUGCUUCGACGAGCCGGCCAUGAAAGCCAACUUCACAGUGACACUGAUCCACCCCUCCAACUACACGGCCAUUUCCAACAUGCCCGUCAAGAGCAGCCGGCAGGAGAUGAUGGGCGAGCAGAGCUGGAAUGUCACAGAGUUUGAAACCACUCCCAGGAUGUCCACAUACCUGCUGGCCUUCAUUGUCAGCCAGUUCAGCUCCGUGACGACCGAAUCGGGGAAUGUAACGAUUAGCAUCUGGGGCCGCCCCGAAGCCAUUGACGAGGGCCAGGGCAGCUAUGCGCUCAGCGUCACCGGCAGCAUCCUCAACUUCUUUGAGGGACAUUACGACACGCCGUACCCGCUCCCAAAGUCUGACCAGGUCGGCCUCCCCGACUUCAAUGCAGGCGCAAUGGAGAACUGGGGGCUGGUGACCUACCGGGAGAACUCGCUGCUCUUCGACGACAGGUACUCCUCCAUCAGCAACAAGGAGCGGGUGGUGACCGUCAUCGCCCACGAGCUGGCACACCAGUGGUUUGGGAACCUGGUGACGCUGCGGUGGUGGAACGACCUGUGGCUGAACGAGGGCUUUGCCUCGUACGUGGAGUACCUGGGUGCUGACUGGGCCGAACGCUCCUGGAGCAUUAAAGAUCUGAUGGUGCUGAAUGAGGUGCAUGUGGUGAUGGCGACAGAUGCCCUGGCCACCUCCCACCCGCUCUCCUCCCGCGAGGAUGAGAUCAACACCCCGGCCCAGAUCAGCGAGGUCUUUGACAGCAUCAGCUACAGCAAGGGAGCGGCAGUGCUGCGUAUGCUCUCGGACUUCCUCACCGAGGACGUCUUCAAGGAGGGGCUGCAGUCCUACCUCCACACCUUCGCCUACAACAACACCGUCUACACUGACCUCUGGGUCCAUCUGCAACAGGCUGUGGAGAACAACAGGGUCCCACUGCCUGACACCAUCAGCAACAUCAUGGACCGCUGGACGCUGCAGAUGGGCUUCCCUGUGGUAACUGCCAACACCCUGGACGGCACCAUCAGCCAGACCCACUUCCUGCUGGACCCCAAUUCCCAAGUGGACAGACCCUCUGUCUUCAACUACACCUGGAUCGUCCCCAUCACCUGGAUGACACGUAGUGGCACUGUGAAUGACAGGUACUGGCUGACCAAAGCCACAGACACCAACAACACGUUCAAGGUUGACAGUCCCAACUGGCUCCUGCUGAACCUCAAUGUCAGUGGAUACUUCCGUGUCAACUACAACCAGGAGAACUGGGACCAGCUCCUCAACCAGCUCAGCACUGACCACACGGUCUUCCCUGUGAUCAACCGUGCCCAGAUCAUCGAUGACGCCUUUAACCUGGCCAGAGCCAAGUACGUCAACGUGACCUUGGCCCUGAGCACGACACGGUUCCUGAGCCAGGAGACAGAGUACAUGCCCUGGGAGGCAGCGCUCAACAACCUCCAGUACUUCCAGCUGAUGUUCGACCGCAGCGAGGUCUUUGGGGCCAUGACGAAAUACAUGCAGAAGCAGGUGACUCCUCUCUUCAACUACUACAAGACCAUCACCAGCAACUGGACCACGAUCCCCAGUGACCUGAUGGACCAGUACAACGAGAUCAAUGCCAUCAGCACCGCCUGUACAUACGGCAUCACCGAGUGCCAGGAGUUGGCCACCCAAUACUUGAGCCAGUGGCAGCAAAACAGCAGCAACAACCCAGUUCCCCCGAACCUGCGCUCGGCCAUCUACUGCAGCAUGGUGGCCACGGGCGGGGAGGACGCGUGGGAUUUCCUCUGGGCAAGGUUCAAGGAGGCCGUCGUGGUGUCCGAGGCUGACAAGCUCCGCACAGCCCUCGCCUGCAGCCCCCACUCCUGGAUCCUCAGCCGGUACUUGGAGUACACCGUUGACCCCACAAAGAUCAGGAAGCAGGAUGCCACCUCCACCAUCAACAGCAUUGCCAGCAACGUGGUAGGGCAGCCCCUGGCCUGGGACUUCAUCCGCGGCAACUGGAGGACUCUCUUCAGCCAGUAUGGGGGUGGCUCCUUCUCCUUCUCCCGCCUGAUUUUAUCUGUGACCCAGCGUUUUUCCUCUGAGUUUGAGCUGCAGCAGCUGGAGCAGUUCAAGGAAGACAACCAGGACAUCGGGUUCGGGUCGGGGACGCGGGCGCUGGAGCAGGCGCUGGAACGGACCCGCACCAACAUCGACUGGGUGAAGGAGAACCGGGAGACGGUGCUGAACUGGUUCGAGGGCGAGAUCAGAUAACGGUGCCUGCCCUCCCCCUGCCACCCGGACAGACCCUCACCCACUCCAACCUCCGUUCAUCAUGGCCCUGAGCCCCCUGUGCCCCAGUCCCCCACUGCCAGUGGGGGGCCUGACGCCUGGUUAAUGGGCAGCAGGGUCAUGGGGGACUCAGGGUGGGAGGGAUGUUGUGCUGGUGCAGCCAUGGGAGUGUGUAAAUAAAAGGCUUGUCCAGUU